AUGGUACGCCGUGGUGCGUCAUCGGGUGGCGAAGAAACCCUGAAACAACCAUCGAAUCAGGGAAGCCGAUCACUUCGACCACGAUUUGACAUUGAGAUAGAGGACGGUGUUUCGCGAAGAGAACUCGAGCACGCUCUUCGACUUUCUUUGGAAGAAUCGCGAAAGAACGAAGAUAAGAAGCCCAAGAAGAAAGAAGCGGCAAAGAAAGAAAAAGAAGUUCACGCUACACCCACAAAGAAAGCACCAGCCAAGCGACCGCCUCCCCCUGAGAAAAAGGAAGCUCCUGCUGCAAAGGCACCACGAAAGGAAACAAAGAAGGCCGAGGCUAAGAAAGAUAGCAGCAAAAAGAAGGUAGAACCCGAGGAAAGCGAGGGUACAGAAGAAGAAACCCCGAAAGAGGCGAAGGGCAAAAAAUCAGCAGCCCCCUCGAAAAACGCAAAGGUUGCCAACGAGAGGAAGACUACGGCAGAAGGCAAAAAAGGCCGCGGCGGCCGCAAAGCAGCGGGGGAGAGUAAAUUUUUAACUGGUGCUUCCGAUCUUGUAACGCUACUUGCUACUGCCACUGAGAUCCUCGGACCUCAGUGUGACACCGCC